AUGGGCCAAGGUCAAUCUGGCAUGGGAGGCGGAGAUGGAAGAGAGGACAAGGAUAAGAAGAAAGAUAAGCCCAAGUACGAGCCUCCCCCAAGGCCCACGACCCGAGUCGGCCGCAAGAAGCGUAAGCAGGGCGGCACCAGCGCCGCCGCCAAGCUGCCCGCCGUCUUCCCCACCAGUCGAUGCAAGCUGCGCCUGCUCCGCAUGCAGCGCAUUCACGAUCAUCUGCUGCUCGAGGAGGAGUACGUCGAGAACCAGGAGCGCCUGCGCAAGGCCAAGGCCGCGAAGGAGGGUCAGGUAGUCGCUUCGGAAGCCGACGCCGACAGAAACGCCGACGAGCGCAGCCGGGUUGACGAUAUGCGUGGCAGCCCGAUGGGCGUGGGCACGCUGGAGGAGCUGAUUGACGACGAUCACGCCAUUGUUAGUAGCACGACCGGGCCUGAAUACUACGUCAGCAUCAUGAGCUUUGUCGACAAGGACCUCCUCGAGCCUGGCGCCAGUGUCCUCUUGCACCACAAGAGCGUCAGCAUUGUCGGCGUGCUCACAGACGAUGCCGAUCCUCUUGUUAGCGUCAUGAAGCUGGACAAGGCACCGACGGAGUCAUACGCCGAUAUUGGAGGUCUGGAGCAGCAAAUUCAAGAAGUGCGCGAGUCGGUCGAGCUGCCGCUGCUGCACCCCGAGUUGUACGAAGAAAUGGGUAUCAAGCCGCCCAAGGGUGUCAUUCUGUAUGGUGCGCCGGGUACCGGUAAAACACUGCUGGCCAAGGCGGUGGCAAACCAAACAUCAGCAACCUUCCUGCGUAUUGUGGGCAGUGAGCUGAUUCAAAAAUAUCUUGGUGAUGGCCCACGCUUGGUCCGACAAUUGUUCCAGGUUGCUGGAGAAAACGCACCCUCUAUUGUGUUUAUUGAUGAGAUUGAUGCCAUUGGUACGAAGCGAUACGACUCUACAUCCGGCGGUGAGCGCGAAGUCCAGCGAACCAUGUUGGAGCUGCUCAACCAGCUAGACGGUUUCGACGACCGCGGCGACGUCAAGGUCAUCAUGGCGACCAACAAGAUCGAAACGCUGGACCCGGCCCUGAUUCGUCCCGGCCGUAUCGACCGCAAAAUUCUAUUCGAGAACCCCGACACCAACACGAAGCGAAAGAUUUUCACCCUGCAUACGUCCAAGAUGAGCCUAAACACCGACGUCGAGUUGGAGGAGUUUAUUUCGCAAAAGGACGACCUGUCCGGUGCCGACAUCAAGGCCAUCUGCUCCGAGGCGGGUAUGAUGGCGCUGCGCGAGCGUCGCAUGCGCGUGCAGAUGGCGGAUUUCCGCACGGCCAGGGAGCGUGUGCUCAAGACGAAGCAGGAGGGUGAGCCAGAGGGCCUGUACUUGUAA